UUACAUAAUACUAUAGUAAUUAGUUAUCAUUUUUAUAAUUACAAAUAUUAUAGUACAUUGUUCAAUAUUCAUUGCUCAUUGCUCUUUACUCUUUAGUCUUUACCUAUUGGCCAUUUGUUUCAGAACGACCGAUAUAUAAGUUUUUUGAUUCGAAAAUUACUCAGUUUCUCGUAAUUCAUCAACAAAUUACUCUCAAAUACACAAAACAUAUCAAUUGUAUUUUCUACUGCACUUUUAUGAACGCAUAUAACUAAUAUCUCAUCUAAUGGGUUCACUUUCCAGCAAAAUACAUUCACCAACUCAAGUUAUGGCUGCUACACAAUUUGUUAAAGAUGCUAUCGCGCAUGAUCCUAUUGUCAUAUUCUCAAAAUCGGACUGUGGUUAUUGUCAGAUGGCUAAAGAAUGUUUUGACAAGUUGAAAGCUACUUACAAAUCCAUCGAUUUAGAUAAGAGAGAAGACAUGGAUGAUAUUCAAGAUGCUUUAGAAGGAAUAACUGGUGCCCGUUCGGUGCCGCGGGUUUUUGUAAAUGGUGUAUUUAUUGGUGGUGGCUCUGAUGUAAGAAAAAUGUCUCAAAAUGGCAAGUUGGAAGAGCUCCUAAAAAAAUAACUAUAUAACUAGAAUAAACAUACUUGAAUUAGAAACAACAUUUUAGUCUAAAUAAAUAUACAUAUGUUUACUGUUUUCCGAGAA